AUGGCCGCCCUGAUGAGCCUGCUCCGUGCAACCAUGUCGGAGGAAAAGGCCGCCAGUGGUGCGGCAGCCAUCGGCGGCACUGGGGAAGAGAAGGUGGAGUGGCUCCGGUCGCAGCUCAUCGGGAAGGACGCCGAGUUCGACACGCCGUUCGGCCGCCGCGCGCUGACGUACGCCGACCAGACGGCGUCCGGCCGGAGCCUGCGGUACAUCGAGGACUACCUCGUCAAAGAGGUCCUCCCCUUCUACGGUAACACGCACACGGAGGACAGCCACGUCGGGAGCAAGACGACGCGGCUGGUGCACAAAGCGGCGCGCUACGUGAAGCGCCGCGUGGGCGCCGGCCCCGGCGACGCUCUGCUCUUCUGCGGCUCCGGAACCACGGCGGCCAUCAAGCGGCUGCAGGAGGUGAUGGGCGUCGCCGUGCCCUCCGUCAAGCUGCGCGCCCGCGUCGCGGCGCAGCUGCGCGCCGAGGAGCAGUGGGUGGUCUUCGUGGGGCCCUACGAGCACCACUCCAACCUGCUGUCGUGGCGCCGGAGCCUCGCCGAGGUAGUCGAGAUCGGCGUCGACGCCGACGGGCUCGUGGACGUGGCCGCGCUCCGCCGCGCGCUCGCGUCGCCGGAGUUCGUGAACCGGCCCAUGCUGGGCUCCUUCUCCGCCUGCAGCAACGUCACGGGCGUCGUGACGGACACGCGGCAGAUCGCGCGCGUCCUGCACGAGCAUGGCGCCUUCGCGUGCUUCGACUUCGCCGCCAGUGCACCAUACGUGAAGAUUGACAUGAAAUCUGGUGAAAUCGACGGCUACGACGCAGUCUUCUUGAGCCCACACAAAUUCGUUGGUGGACCGGGCACACCAGGCAUCCUAGUGAUGAACAAAGCACUGUACCGGCUCAACGCUCAGCCUCCUUCCACAUGCGGCGGUGGCACCGUGGCCUACGUCAAUGGCUUCAACGAGGAGGAGUACAUUGGGUAUGACAGGAUGAGCCUCAGGGAGCAAGUUUACUCCGAGAUGGCAAUGAAAAGGCUCGUCAGCAACCCAAACAUAAGGGUUCUUGGCAACACGGACGUAGAACGCCUACCCAUCUUCUCCUUCCUCGUCUACCCUCCUGUCACCAAUAAUCCUUUGUCUGAAGCUGUUGCUGCUGCUGAUGAGCCUGGUUGCAAGCGUCUCCCACUCCAUGGCCGUUUUGUCACCAGGCUUCUUAACGAUCUUUUCGGUAUCCAAGCAAGGGGUGGAUGUGCCUGUGCAGGCCCCUAUGGCCAUACAUUGCUCAACAUUAAGAACGACCUUUCCCUUCGCAUCCGGUCUGUGAUUCUUGAGGGUUAUAGUGGACUGAAGCCAGGAUGGACAAGGUUGAGUUUUGCUUACUACCUGUCCAAGGAGGAGUUCAACUUCAUCCUGGCCGCCAUCGAGUUCAUCGCGUUGUACGGCCACAGGUUCCUCCCUUUGUACAAAUUUGACUGGAUUACCGGCGACUGGACAUUCCGGAAGCAGGCGAUUAAGUACCAUAUCUUGAAGGAGGAGCUGGCUCUUGCCACUGGUCUUCAUCUCUUGUCUGAGAAUGGCCAGCCAAAGGUUUCAGAUAAAUUGACGACGAAACCUGGGGUUAGUCACGACAAGUUUGAGAGCUACUUAGAGCAUGCCGAGAAAAUUGCACUGUCAUUGCCAGAUAUUAGUCAGCAGACUGUCAGUAUCCCAAGAGGAGUAGACCCUGACUUGGUUCUCUUUCAUAUAUAG